CAUUUGCAAAGUAAACAAAAUCAAACUUAUAAUUAAGAACAUGACGGGAGAGUUUGAGAUCACCAGAAUUUCUACCGGAACUUGGUGGAGUUCGCCAACAAACUCCACCGCCGCCCUAUUCUCCGGCUACUCGCUCCAACGUCCCACUGAGAUUAGCAUCGACAUCACAGAUUUCGGAUGGCAAAACUUCGAUAACAAGAUUAACGACCGUAAUGAUGACUUAAUGAACAUGCAUAAUAGUUUCUUCGACGGAUUAUUCGAUCCUAACGAGCAAAUGCUAUCGGAUUCUUGGCCAAAAACUACAAUUCCGGACGCGAAAUCCGAGCUUCUCGAAAGCUUUUCAUUCUUAGAUAACACGUUCUUGAUCGAUUCGGAAGCUGAAUCUUUCUUGGAUCAUGAGAUCAGAAACCACAAGUCUAAGGAGCAAAUUACACAAGACAGCAAUAAUCUUACUUCAAAGGCACGUAACUACGAAUACCAAUCAAUUCAAAAGAAUGAAGAAAUGGAAGAGAACAACGAUGAAUAUUCACCACGAUUACUAAAAAGGUCAAGAAUCGAUACAUUAUCUCCAUUGCCAAGCUUCAAAGUUCGUAAAGAAAAACUCGGUGAUCGAAUCACUGCGCUUCAGCAACUGGUUUCACCAUUUGGCAAGACAGAUACGGCUUCUGUUCUCAACGAAGCUGUAGAGUACAUUAAAUUUCUUCAAGAACAAGUCACUAUGCUAAGUAAUCCAGACCAGAACACCAUAGGAUCUGUUCAGCGACAGCAGUUUCCAGACAAGAAAUCUAUUAAUACUCAAGAAGAGGAAGAAUGUAGUUCAAGAAGACACGUGGAUCUCGCGAGCCGUGGGCUAUGUCUGAUGCCGAUCUCAGCUUCAUAUCCGGUGGCUGCAGCCUCGGCUUCGGCUGCAGAGAUGAACACAUCUGAUUUCUGGAAUCUUCCAUUCGGUGUAAACUUAUAAAUUAGACCGAUACAUAUAACAAAAAAAAGGUUAAUUCUCUUCUACAUUAAAAACAAAAGGAAGGGAUCUUGUAAAGUUUGAUACUUUUUCUACAGAAAUGUAAAUGUCGUAUUAUAUACUUUAAGGUCUACAUUGUUUUUGCGUUUACAGUUACUUUGUUUGUAAUAUAUUUUUUCGAACUUAAAAGUAUUUUAAGCAAAACAAAUUUGUUUAGUAUGAGUAGGGCUUAUACGUCA